UCGCCGGAGAGGGGCGAGCAGGAGGUGGCUGGCGAACUACGAAUCCCAGAGCGCUUUGCGCGCCUGCGGGAACCAAUGAGAGACGCGCAUGCGGAGGACGGCGCAGGCGCUGUUGGCUGGCUCCUCAUGUGGAGGUCAGGGUUGUGGCAGGAGGUGUGACUCUGCAAAGAGGCUGCAGUUGGACUGACAAAUGGCUUCCAGACUGUUUGAGAACAUUGGCAAAUUUGGUUUGGGAUUAGCCAUUGCAGGGGGAAUUGUCAACUCCGCUCUCUAUAAUGUUGAUGGAGGACACAGAGCCGUUAUCUUUGAUCGAGUCCGUGGUGUUCAAGAUGUGGUGGUAGGAGAAGGAACCCACUUUCUCAUCCCCUGGAUACAGAAACCAAUCAUCUUUGACUGUCGUUCUCGCCCACGUAAUGUCCCUGUCAUCACUGGCAGCAAAGAUCUACAGAAUGUGAACAUCACACUGCGUAUCUUGUUUAGACCAGUUGCUGCCCAGUUACCUCGAAUUUUCACUAGCCUCGGUGAGGAUUAUGACGAGCGCGUACUGCCGUCCAUCACCACCGAGAUCCUGAAGUCUGUUGUGGCUCGUUUUGACGCAGGAGAGCUGAUCACACAGAGAGAGCUGGUCUCCAGGCAAGUGAGCGAAGACCUCACGGAGCGAGCAGAUACCUUUGGCCUCAUCCUAGAUGACGUUUCCUUGACACAUCUGACCUUUGGGAAGGAGUUCACGGAGGCAGUAGAAUUGAAGCAGGUGGCCCAGCAGGAAGCAGAGAGAGCCAGAUUCAUAGUGGAAAAGGCUGAGCAGCAGAAAAAAGCAGCUGUCAUUACUGCUGAGGGGGACUCAAUCGCAGCCGAGCUGGUCGCCACCGCACUGACCGCAGCCGGGGAUGGCCUGAUUGAACUGCGCAAGCUGGAGGCAGCCGAAGACAUCGCUUACCAGCUCUCACGGUCCCGCAACAUCACCUACCUGCCAUCCGGCCAGUCGGUGCUGCUCCAGCUGCCCCAGUGAACGUAGUUUUGCAACCAGUCGUUAUCUAAUUGCCUCUAAAUAAUCCCUUAAACAAAAAACAAAAAAAUCAUUGAGAUUUCCUGAUUGGGUAAAGCAAAGGAAACAAAAUUAAAUGCAUCCUCAAUCGAGUCCUUAAUCUCGUAACGCUCAGCUCUCUUUGACGAGAAUACGGAGUUCCUCCGAUGGCCUUGUACACUCAGUGCAGAAGCUGCAAUGGUCAGUAAACUAGAUGGAAGAAAUUGCCCCUUUCUUGAGAAUCCAGGGUAGAGCGGGGUGGGGGGAAUGAUGUCUUGUGUUCGCUUCUUGGAUGAAUUUGUAGUAGACCAGGCCAUUCUCUGUUGACCAUAGAAAUUUUGUACCAAUGAGAUUUCACUGUCCUGCUUCACAAAGCUUGGUCAAUUAAGGCAAUGGCACGCAUGCCCUGGACUACCGCUGUUUGUCCCUGCUACCUACAGAAAGGGAAUGGGAGUGCUGAGGGCCUUCUUCCUUACUCAACCCAGUGUUUUGCAGGUGUCAGCUGAGGCUAAGAGGACAUCUGUUGUCAGGUUAGCAGCUCUGCUCUGAUUGGCUUUCUGAACCGUGGCAUUGUAGGCAGGAGGGGUGGCCUUAUGGCAUGUGACCGGGGGUGUCAGAGCAGCUGAGUUCUAACCUUUGCACCCCAAAAGGUGGAACUUUCCUGAUGUAGAAGUGAAGCUAUUUCUACUCUACAGGAAACAUUCCUUCUGUGCAUAAUGAAAUAGUUCCCUCUCUCUGCCUCCUCCCCCUCCUUGGUGCCCUGAUUGCUGUGACUCCCUGUUGUACGUGGGGUUGGGUCUCCACCAAGGUUGGUAAAUGUGGUGGCGUUUGUGUCUAAUUCAGACAAAGAAGGUCUGACUUAAUGUUCCACGGUUCAGACAGUCUGAUCUUGGCAGUAUGAUUCGCUGCAGCACCACCGCUGCGUUUUUAUUUAGAGAACCCGAAUUACAAUGAGGAUGUGAAAGACGAAGUUGUAUAACCCAGCCUUCAAUAAAUGAAACCACCACCCUG